GUGUGUCGAUCGUAUAAUGCCACAAAUUUUCUCGUUCAAGUCCAUAUAACACAUACAUGGAGACCUGUAACUAAGACGAGACAGUCAUGAAUCGUCGAGAGCAGAGAUUUUAUGUGUCGUUUUGCCGGGCUGCUCCAAGAUAUGGCCAGCGGGGACUCCAACCACUUCCUCUUCAAUUAAAUCACAAUGGAGGGUUAUCACCACAUGCAAGACGGGACAAGAAACAUGUACAAAUGCCGCUAUCGUGUGGACCUAUUAACAGAAGUACAAUAGAUGGGCCUGAAAUAGACAGGAAGCUUCAGGAAAUAAUGAAACAGACGGGGCUUUUGACAACAGAAGGCAAGCGCUAUCACAUCAAUGUCGACAGCCUGGAAUCAAUAGGGGAACUUGGGUUUGGAAGCUGUGGUCAUGUGAUUCGCAUGAGACACAAGGAAAGUAAUACAAUACUAGCGGUAAAGCAAAUGAGAAGAUCAGGUAACAAAGAAGAGAACAAGAGAAUUCUAAUGGACUUGGAUGUGGUACUCAAAAGUCACAAUAGCCCUUUUAUUGUGCAAUGCUUAGGGGCUAUAGUAACACCUAGUGAAGUUUGGAUCUGCAUGGAGCAGAUGGCUACCUGCUUAGACAAACUUAUCAAGAAACUCAGAGAACCGGUCCCGGAACAGAUCAUCGGCAAGAUGGUUGUAGCAAUCGUGAAUGCACUGAACUACCUGAAAGAAAAACAUGGUGUAAUGCACAGAGACGUCAAACCAUCAAACAUGCUCCUUGAUGAAAAGGGAGUGGUCAAACUAUGUGACUUUGGUAUCAGUGGCAGACUAGUCGACAGUAAGGCCAGGACGAGGAGUGCCGGAUGUGCAGCAUACAUGGCGCCGGAGCGGAUAGACCCACCCGAUCCAAACAAUCCAGAUUAUGAUGUCAGAGCCGAUGUUUGGAGUUUAGGAAUUUCACUGGUGGAAAUAGCAACAGGGGAAUUCCCUUACAAGAAUUGUACAAAUGACUUUGAGGUACUAGCCAGAGUGUUGUCUGAAGAUCCCCCGAGGCUUCCUAUGAAGAGAGGCUUCUCAGUUGACUUUCACUCUUUCAUUCAGUGCUGUUUGACAAAAGAUUAUAAUAAAAGACCUAAAUACAAGCAACUCAUGGAGCACAGCUUUUUCAAGAGGUACCUGGUAGCCAGGGUGGACGUAGCAUCCUGGUUUGCAUCGGUCAUGCACAAGGUUAGGACGCAAUCAAGCCGGCAGGAUAGGCAUACCCCGUAAUGACCGGCCAAGCUCAGCGUUCACCCAUCACACCUCUGUGACAAAAGUGCAACAAACCCUGCACUCUCUUUGAACUUUUUUAAACCAGCGUCCGUUCACUGUGCGUUUAGCACCGUUCCAAGAACUCUUCAAGAUCCGUGGAUCUCUGCAUGGACGUGGCCGUCACCAUGGCGCUGGAGUAAGGCACUUUUUUCACAGUUCAGGUGCACGUGACCGGCUCUGUUUUACCAUGAGUAUACUUUUUUGACAACCUCGUGCGCGUGCGCUGAGUGGCAUGCUGCAUAACCCGAGGUGGACAAUUCCAUGACGUUGAAUACUUUGUGUUUUUUUGUGUGUUAGCGUCGUCACUGAGACCACUAUACUGGUUUAUGUACUCUGACAAACCUCAUUGAAUGAUUGCAUUGGUAGAAAUCUAGCCAUAUCUCCUAAUUGUACAAAAGAAGAGGAAUAUUAUCACCCCCCUGAAAAGUCAUGACUUGUAAGACAUUUGGAUGCAAAUUCUAGAGAUGAUUUAUAUUUCUGCAUCAUUUUUGUCUCUGUUCCGUAUCCAGUGCUCCUUUUUAAUCAAUCAUUAUGCUUCGUAAUUUAUAUUCUUAAAUUAAGCAUGUGCUCUGUCCGUAACAAUAGACCUAGUGAUAAUCUUGAUAUUUAGCCUGAAGACAUUUCAAUGGAUCUCUUGUAGGUGCAAAUUUUGUGUGUUUUUGUAAAUGAAAAUGUUUUUUCCACUAUUGGCAACACUUUUUAGAUAAAAACGAACUUUUUUCUCCAUUAUUGUUCCUAUCAGACUAGUAAAUUAUAUUCUUUGUACAUGUCUAUUCCAAAGGCAACGUCUGUAAGCAUGUACUGCAUACAACUGCACAAGAUGUGCUCAUUCUUACUAUUUCUCAAGGGGAUAUAUAUAUGUACACCAUAGAUUUAAUGAGCAUACAUUGCCAAGAUCCCAAAUAACUUUUAGUUCUAGUGGUACAAUGAAAUAUCAUUCUUGUGAAGAAACUGAUGUUUUAUGGAACGUUCCAUACAUUAAGAAUGUAUGGAAAUUCAGCUUCUCAUACAUUUAUGAAACCCUUUUAUAAUGCCUUCAGAUCAACAUGACAUUGUACGUAGCAAUCCAUAUCUGAUGUAUGAUUCAUAUACCAUAUUAACCAACAUUUGUCUUCUGGAGGUGAGUGAUUGGAAGUAUCAAUUGGAUAUUUGCUAUUGAUGGAUCAGUUUUAACCAAAGAAAGUCAAGUGCUAGUUUCUGUUACACCAAGCAGUGAUUUUAGGACCUGCAAUUGACAGGCUAUUGGCUCUCAAUUUCUUUCAAAGACCACAGUGUUAAGUGUUGUCAUAUUGCUGUUAAAUUUCUUUUACAUGUUUUCAAAUCAACUGCCCAGGUCCAAAUCUAGUACACUUACAGUACAUUGUAUGAGUGUACAUGUACCCACACACACUACAUAGAACCAAUUGAAUUUUUUUCCUAGUUUAUUUAGAGUCAAAGGAUGUUUGGUAUGCAUUCCAAGUUCACAAAAAAAAUAUUACUACCCCAAAUUCUAAAAAAAAUUAGCAGCCUUUCUGCAAUGCAAUUCAUAGAAAUGAAGAAGAGUUUGUGAUGGAAAAGAAAGUAUGUCCUGAGAUUAGUGAUUUGUGACUAAUAAUAAUAAUCUUUAAUAAAAGUAAAAGCAAAAUUCUGGAUCAUUUACUCACUUAUAAAGCUGUACAGCUUAACUUUUACUUUCUUUUCCUCUCAUUCACCAGAAAGAAUCUUAAUGGGAGGCAGUAGUGGCUUUGCUUGUAUGUCAAGACCAAAAUUUUUAUGAAAAAUUUGCAAAAAUGCAAUUCAAUUACAUCUAUAUUCAUUUUAUUGUCCAUUGUUUGGAAGUUCUUUGCAACAUUAAUCAACAAAGUUAAAUCCAAUGUAACAAAUCCCCUCAGCAGCAUAUUCUCAAUCAAACCAGUCCGAGUCACAUCUUCUUGCGAUUUCAAAUCGCUUUGUUCUAUGUCUCAUACAUUUCAUUAAAAAAAUGAAACUGGAAUCUACUUUUUAGGAGAAGAAAGAGUUGGGAGGUUCCUUUUUCAUCGGAGGGCGAUGGGUGGUCAUUGCCCACAAUGAUAAAGGCUAAUGCUGGUGAAUGACAUCAUCUGUGAUAAAAAAAAACCCUGAAUGGCUUCAAAUUCUCCCACGAGAACCGCACACUUUUAUAUCUUUAAUAGCAUGUUUGCAACAUGUUCUCUAUGUUAUUUGUAUGAGUAGUAUCAACAGUUGCCUCGGGGUGCUGGAAGCUCUUCCCCUGGUGGCAGAUAUUGUAUAACGCUUGUUAGUUUUUUCCGCUUGGCUCAAUUUCCUAUUAGAUUGGUAGAGAAAUGGAUGCACCCAUUAGAGAAAGAGCAAAUUGGAUUAUCUCCUCCGAUUUUUUCCCCCACUGCGGUUUUGGGGAGGUAUUAUAUCAAAAUGAACAAUGCACUUAUUCAUUUUCAAAGAGGGCGUAAUGUUACCACUCGUGGGAGAUUGGUUUUGCCCCUGGCACUGUGCAGGGUAUUGCAUGACUUCCAAAAGAAAUGCAGUGCAUGGGGAAUUCUAAAGUGGGAUCAUGACUUAUUGUACAUUGUCUCAUGUGUAAUGUGUCAGGCCCUGUUUACACUAAUGUCCUGUACUUAUGUUUCCCUGUAUGAAUGUCACGCAAGACAGUGUGAACAUGUCUGCGAUUUUGAAUGGAACUCCUUGCUAAAUUGUCUUACUGCGCAUUUUUAUUCUGCCGUAUCUCCAGUUGUGACUACUCAUGCUUGAGUAGGGUCUGAAGAAUGUUCCAUGUUGGAUCAUCACUUGAUUAGUCGUGCUAAUAUUGCACAAGGCUCCAUUCAUACUUUAAAUCAUUUUUGUUAGCUUCUGAUACAGGUAUAUCUACUUAAUGUUUUACCAACAUUUGAACCAAUUGAACCAAUUACCUACUGGAACCGGGUGGUCCCUUUGCAAAACUUAUUUGAGUCACAGAAGUCAGUAGUCAACAUGCUGUUACAGAAGCCAAUGUCAUUUGAAGCCCAUUUUACACCGACAAAUAAGAACACACUUCUUAAAAGAGAAUCUAAAAAAAAAAAAACCCCUAGAGAGGCACAAGCAAACUUCUCUCUCUUUUUUCGCCCGUUGUUUUUUUUUCAAAUGUAAAGGUUUGAAAUUGAAUACUUAAAUGUAUUCAGACAAUCUCUGGGGGGGUAAUUAAACCCUUAUCAAGGUAUUUUUUUUCUGUCCAUGUUACCAUAAGAAUUUUAACAGUUUUGCAAACCAGCUGCCUACUCACUCUUAAUUUUCCGUAAAAGCAGCUUCACCAGGAUUGAAGACCUUUAUUGCCAACCCAUCAAUAGGUUUUGUUUCCCAGGAAAAUUAGUAACAUGAACUAAAGAGCUUUUCUGAAGAAAAAAAAGUAAAGCUAAAAUCAAGAAAUUCACAAUCAUGGUAUCACAUUUGACUAAGGAUGCCCUAAAACUGGAUCUUUGGAUAAAACUUGUUUUGUUGUUUUUUUGAAUUACAUUUUGUAGAAUAAAAGGUCAGGGAAUCGGGUUGUUUUCAAGUAAUAGUCUGAACUUUGAUACAAAGGCAAAAAAGAUCUCUUUAUCCCUAACUCAGUUUUCUACCCAGAUUGUGUGAAACAAAAACAUUGCUGAUUGCCUCAUAAAUGUAUUUUGGAAUUGCUCCCCUUGUAAUUACUUAGAAAGACACAUUCUCUACUUCAUAGCUAUUUGUGUUUAAAUCUGAAUAAGAUUUAAAAUUAUCUUUAUGUGCUUCUAUUUCUGAUGACCUUUUAUAGAUCAACCUUAACUGAUUGCAAAUAUCGUAAAAUUUAUGUGAUCAAAAAAUUUCGAAGUGCAAAACCAGUUGAAUUUGCAAUUUUUUCUUUGGCAUGUUUAAUCCCUCCAAUGGGUUUUGUAAGACAGCAUAUUGAAUGUCAUAGAGAGCUUAUUGAUUGAGUAUAGAGAAGAGGGUACACUGUUUGAUGUGUUUCUAAUGCAUUGUGAUAAAGAAGAGAAGCUUAUAUGUAGUUCAGAGGGAUUUAUCGACUUUUGAACGCAGAUAUAGGAAGAUCAGAAGAAUAAGUGAUUGCUCUUAAGUAGAGUUGAAUGUAAGCAAUUAGAGAAAAUGACUGCUAUGCCCUACUACACUUUUCCAUUGCAAGUCUCUGCUAUGAAGCUACGUGCAUGGGUUAUUGGUUAUUUCUUGAGGGGAGGGGGGCCUCAUUUUGAUACUUGAAAGUAGAACAAGCACAUGUGAUGUUAAAAAAUGUAAUUUCUGAACAUCUCAUAUUGUGAUAUCCUUGGUAGUAUCAUGUUGGGAAAUCUUGAGCAAUAUUAAGGAACAAAUGUAAAUCACUUUAAACCCGGUUCUUGUAACCACCGCUUCGAUUCCAAUGUUAAUUUAAAAAAAAAUAGAAAUCGUAAAUCAGAAAUAACUGUAUGUAGCUUGCCAGGGAAAUUCCUGCUUUUGAUCUGCCCAUUUGAUGUCUUGUCCGAGUUAUUAAAAGUUUCAAACAGUUACACUCGGUGAUUCCUGGUGGGUGUUUCAUAAAGCUGUUCGUAAGAUACGAAUGACUUUACGCACGACUGGUGAUCCUUUCUUAUGCUAUGUGAUAUCUCUAUGUAAUGGAUUUAUGACCUAAGAACAUGUUCCAGUCGUGCGUGAAGUCGUUCGUAACUUUACGAACAGCUUUAUGAAACACCUACCAGGGUUGGGUAAUUUGUGAUGCCAGCAGUCUGUCUGCUACCUGUGGUAAGUGAUGCCGCAUUUACCGUGGCUGGGAUGGGAUUGCGGGAUCAGUAGGGGCUUAGCGGCAUUGAGAGGUAUACCUGUGAAGCAGAGGCGGCAGCAUCGAGUUUCACCCAGGUGCAUCAUCGAGGGUGUUAGAUGUCGCAGGAGACCUCAUUACCAGCCAUCCAUCUUGUUAAACCUGACUUUAAAGGCUAAUACAGAUGCAUUUGGUUUCUAGCCGGACAGCUUAUUAAUCGUUCCUAUAAGGCAUUGGUGGUUUUUUGUGUGUCUAUGUCAUUAUUAUGCCCUGUUUAACUGAAACAAUUGAUUAUGCAAAGAUUAAUCCAUCAUUUGGAAACCAAUUUUAAAGGUAUCUACAUUUUUGUCAAAAGUGGUUUUGCUUUUUUUUAUUUUGCAUUGGUGGUGCUGCACAUGCGAAGAUUAGGCCUUGUUUGAAAAAGACAGUUACACAGUAAUUCACUUUUGUUUAUACAAUACUUCAGUUCUUAUACAGUUAAGUCUAGUAGUGGCUCAGAUUUUGCUUACCGGUACUUGGCUUUACUGGUAUGUAUGGAAGGAUUAGGCCUUUAAAAAAUAUACACCAAUUAAUUACACAACUUUUUUCUGCCCCUGUUAAGUUCUUACUUGAAGGCUCAUGAAUAUAGUUGCACUGACAUAUUUUUUUUUGUUGGUUGUGUCGAUCUUCUGAAUUUAAGUAUAAUCUCUAUUCAGAUGUCACAGUUUAUCAUACAAUUUUUUUGCAAGAUAAAUUUUCACUUCAGUCAAAGUCAUAUCUGAUAGUAUCCCCUGAUAUGAAUACAUUUCUCUGGUAGAAGAGUUUAAUUGACAGCCAAUUCUAGUGAAUUUUCUUACAUUUUCAACCAAGUUUAUACUACAGUAAUUACAGAGCCCAUCGCUAUCCAUUCAUUAGUGUGUUUAUUUGUUUAAAACAGUACAUAGUUAUAUUUACUAUGUUCACUAUUCCAACAGCUUCUAUUUCCCAAUGACAUUGCUAAUGUAGAAAUAGAUGAAGAGGCGAACAUAUUUAUUUUUUUUUAAUUUAAGCAAACUUUUUCACUUCUUUCAACUUCUAAUCAGGUACCUGGCUUGACACAUAUAAUGUAUUACAUCUUUAAUAUCAACCUUGCCCUUAUCAUCAAUCUUUUCCUUCCUAUCAUAUUACUUCCAAUAUGAGUCAGGUGGAUAAGGGCCAUUCAGUGACCGACAGUCUGUAAUCCCAGUGACAUUUAGACGUAAUCCAAGGAUUAGAAUCCUAGCUUAUCCUACCCUAUUUAGACGGGGAUGGCUUGAUUUACCUCACACCUGCGAAAAUUGGCGACCCGCUUUUAUACGACUAUUGACAUUUGUGAAAAGAAUUCAGGAAUUGAUAUCGCAAGCAUCGAAU